AUGUUUGCCGUCAGAUUCGAUCCUUCCGAGGCGCAAUUGCCUAAGGAGAAGCCUCUAGUACCCCAGAAGAGGGCGGCUGAAAGUGAUGAAGAUAGCGAUGAAGUACAAGAGUCUCAAGAUGAAUCUCAAGAUGAAUCUGAAGAUGAGUCUGAAGACGAGCCUGAAGAUAAGUCUGAAGAUAAGUCUGAAGACGAGCUGCAAGAAGAACCUGAUAUUCAGAACGAUGAUCAGAAACAAUUUCAGGAAGAUGCUCAAGAUCAAGAUGCUCAAGAUCAAGAUACAUCAGAAUCACAUUCCAAGAAGCAUGAUUCUGUGAUCUCUAGAUUUCAGCAGACUUUAAAGUUACAAGAAAAGCUCCCACAGACCAACUUGGUUGCUGAAGAAAACGAGGAUUCUGACACUGAAGCACAUCCAUUGGAGCAAAUUCCUCAGCCUGCGAAAGUGAGAAAUACAGAUUCAGGUGAAGCAUUCGAGGAAAGGAAAUCAAUUGCAUGGCGUAAUACAACAAAAGUGCAUUAUGAUAAUCAUAUGGUAAAGCCAUUUGCAUUAUAUGAAAAUCAAUUGCAACCUCGUUUGUUGGCGAAUAUCCAACAGUUUUUUUCCAAGGACACUUUCCCCAUACAAACGGUUUUACUUGAUAAUACUUUGCCUCUUUUAAAUUUUACACUUGGUGUUUCCAAGAAGAAUUUGACUAGAAGGAUUGGUGAUAUCCUCGUGAAUGCCUCAACGGGAUCUGGUAAAACUUUGGCAUACAGCAUACCGAUAAUUGAAGCAUUAUCAAAGAGAACUGUUAACAAAUUACGUGCUCUUGUCAUUGUCCCCACAAAACUGUUGAUAGGACAAGUCUUUGAUACCAUGAGUAAAUUAGCACAAGGAACAGGUCUUAUUAUCAGUAUUUCGAAACUGGAAAAUUCUUUAAAAGAGGAACAUCAAAAAUUUAUAAAUUACGAACCGGAUAUUUUAAUAGUAACACCUGGACGUCUAGUGGAUCAUUUACAAAUUGGAUCCAUCAACAUGAAAAAUUUGAUGAUGUUAGUAUUGGAUGAAGCUGAUCACUUACUCAAUCAAUCGUUCCAAAAUUGGUCAGCGGAAUUGAUGAAUAACAUUAGGUCACACAAGUUGGACCAAAUGCCAGGUAACGUUAUUAAGAUGGUUUUCAGUGCAACAUUAACCACAAACACUGAGAAGCUUCACGGAUUACAUUUAUACAAUCCAAAAUUAUUUGUUAGAGACUCAGUUAAACUUUACAAUUUACCCGAUAAAUUACAAGAGUACAAUAUCAAUGUUCCCACGGCCAAGAGUAUUUACAAGCCUUUGUUUUUACUCCAUCUAUUGGACAAAUUGCAUAAUGCGAAGAUAUUGGUGUUUGUAAAAUCCAAUGAAGCAUCGCUUAGAUUGGCACCUCUCUUAACCAUAAUGAUAGAAAGGAAAAUGGGAACCCCUCAUAACGUUUUGUCGGUUAAUUCUAAUAACAGCAAGGCAGAAAAUAAAAGACUUGUUCAUCAAUUUGCUACUUCCAACACCAGUGAAUCUAAUCAGGUUCUUAUCACAACUGAUUUGAUGUCAAGAGGUAUAGAUAUUAACGAUAUUACGGAUGUCAUAAAUUAUGAUCCACCAAUUUCCUCUCAACAGUACGUUCAUCGUUGUGGUAGAACUGCAAGAGCUCAGGGCCAUGGUAAUGCUCAUAAUCUCUUAGUAGGUAAAGGUGAAAGGACAUUUUGGUCUCAGCUAGAAAAAGAUAUUAGCAGAAACGUUGGUUAUGAGCCUAUUGUCUCCACAGAGCAAGACGAAUCAACUGUAAAUGUGUCUGAAGAUGAAAAUGAAGUGUACAAAUUGUGUUUGGAAAGCCUAAGGUCCCAAAAUUCUAGGGAUUAG